AUGUUUCAGAGGUUUGACAUAACCAAUACCAACGCCGCUCCGAAAACUACAAGUAACCCCACAACCGUCCAAGUGCUCAGCGAGAAAAGCCAUUAUCGGGAUGACCGGAACAGCGCAAUUGCAACGGCGGAGACUCGAAUACUAAAGCAGAGGCGCAUCAAGAAUCCGGUCAAUGCCGUCCAGAUUGCUGCGCCCGCGGCAAGGGUCGCACUGACAGGGUCUAUUGUGUCCUUACUUCCCCUUGGAUCAUAUACAGCCAUGUUCUCGAUACUUGCCAUGUCGAUUGUGAGCCGCCGGCUCCAGAGUCAAGCGGUGGGCUGCGUGGUUGCGUUUCUGCACGCGGGUGGUCUUUCUGGCCUCGAGGGUCAGGUGCUGGCGUUGUUGAGCUUCAUAAGCUUCAGCGCCGUAUUGGACAGCCUGGACGGUCCACUGCAUGCAAUAUACAAGAGUUCCAUUCACGAUAUCGAACUAGUUCAGGACACACUCACUGCUAUAUGUGUGUCCAUGUUCUUUGAGCUACUGGUACUUUUCUCGGCCAUCUUUUUCGCCCUGCACAGGAUCUUUACGAAUGCGCCUCGGUUUACCGCCGCGUCCUGGAGCCGGAGACUAUCUACUGGUACGCUCGAAUCAUGCCGGCGGUUUUUUGUCCAGGAGCUGAAUUAUGUGCACGGCAUAGAGAGCUUCGCAGACGAAGAAAGCGAUGGCUUCGGCUUGGGCGUGGGCUUGGGCGUGACGUGGGAUGCGGUGAGCCAGGCAUCUCAGGAAGCACUCUCGACCUUCUCAUCACCAAGUUCUAACUGUGGGGCGUCGCGUGGGGAACUGUUUAAAGACAGCGAGAUGGUGGAAGACGCAUGUGACGAUGAAGCUCGGAUUGAGAGCCGUACGGAAGACGCGGAAAGGCGCACCCAAGCCCUGUUCGGCGACGUGAAUCGUCUGAUAGACGACUGCAACGGGCUCGACACGGCCCAGUGGGAUGAAGUGAUUGCGGCCUUGCACGAACCCCAAGGCGUUGGUGUUGUGGAGGACAGAGGGCCCAAUCUCGACCGGUCGCUAGCCGCGUCGGCGGCGCGUCAGAUGCCAUAG